GUUGAAAGAAUUUAAGGUUUUACCUUAAGUAAAAAUAAAUUCUACCAGUCACUGAAACAGAUAGAUAAAACUAAUAUAUAUAGAAGUCGGCAAAAGGAUGAGGAUAGGCUACAGUCGACAGUAUCGUUUUCAAAUAGUUAAAACGGCGGAAAGAGAUAGACUUACCUGCUCUUAGAUUCCGCUAUGGUGCAUUGAAGAUAACAGAUAAAAAGUAUAUGUUGUCAGAUAUUUUUUUGCCUCGAGGUAAAUUUACAGCCACGUUUACAGGAAUCGACUACAGAUGUUUUCAGAACUCGGUUCGGAUACUCGCGUAAUGUAUACGAAACCAAAGAAAGAAUGGGAAAAAGGUAUUCUUAAGGGACAUAUACGCAUAAAAUCGCCGCGAUAAUUCUCCAAAAAAGGUCUACAAAUAAAAAAUAUUUACGAAUAUAUGAAGCCGAACCUAUCUAUAUUCCAUAGUCACCGUGGUGGCAGUAUACAGGAAUAAUGGCUAUUUCAAUGCAAUGUUGAGCUAUAAAUGUUAAAUUAGGCAUUUCAUUACAAAUUGCUAAAAAUGGUUUUAUAAAGAUAGAAGAAAUGGAACAAAAUAAGCUAUUCGUCCUUUGGUUUCCUAUAUGGUGUCACUUUUCGGCGACAACUAUGAACGAUAAAAAAACAAGGUAAUGGAACAUAGACUUUUUAUUUGACUGAAAUAUACCUGUACAGUUUCUUCUCUGUUUGAGCGUUGUGUUUCACACUGAAAACCAUUAAUUCUCUAAAUCUAACUUCAUUAUAUAAUACCUCAGCUAUUUCUCACAGAUUUUUCGCUGUCAUUAUUUGUCAUCUCUCGUAACCGUGCCAUUGCAUUGUAUAAUUUUGGAAACUUUUAUGCUUCCAAUUAUUUCAUGAGCUAUAGAGCUAUGGUAGUUGGCACAGCAGUCUCAUGGGACGGAUGAGUACAACGCUCAUCCCUAUUUGCUCUCUUUAGUCUACUACCAACAACUAGCUAGAACUCCGUGAGCCUUAACGCUCUCACCUUGCCUCUUAUUAUUUCUAGUUUUAUUUUUAGAAGCGUACAUCUCUCGAUUAGUUAUCAGUAUCUAUCUGUACCGCUUCUGGGCAACGGCGUCUGACUUACGGCCUGAUCACGUCGUGUCAGAUAAUUUCACGUGUAUCGUCACCAGCCAGCGCAAUGUCUGACAAAUUCUGUACGCUGUGCUUUUGGGCUCUGUCACGCUGACUUUCCUGCAGUCCUGCGUAAAAGUCCUAACUUAGAAUGCAGCUCUAAUUGCAAAGCUUCUUAUUUAUACAAUGUGUUUCUAUUUCGAGUUCCCCAACGAUAUUACUGACGGUUAAUAUAUUAUAGAACCCUUAGUUCAGAAGUGAAAUACAAGAAAUUGAUCAGUCACUGCAUGACUCGCGUGCACAAUUUGUAUAAACCAAUUAAUUAUUUUCAACUAUCUUCACUCAUAGCCUAAAUAUGGACGAUCACUCUCAAUUGUCUGAACUGUUAAUCACUUGGAAUUAUCAACUGCUGGUAUUAUACCGUACAAACACCGACGUCUUCCAGAGCAAACUUAAUUGCUAGAGGCUUACUAUUUCGUACAAUAGCUUAGGAGGGGUAACAUAUCCUUAAAAAAGAAUGCCCCCUAAGACUAUCAGUCAUCCAUAGUUGAAAGGUACAUAAGUCAAUUCUAGACAAUGAAAGAAUAGUUUACUAUCUUUGUUGGGUAUCGAUGUUUCUUUCAUUUAGAAACUAAUAAAGAUACCUGCGGCAUAUAAUUACUUGUAACUAUUAUAUUAUAAGUUAUUAUAUUUUCUGUCUCACAUUUACAUUCGGAGCUAUGCGUAGCUAACCUGUCCAUAAUCCACGGGAUCAACUUUUCAGUUUUGUUGAUUAAUAUAUUUGUGCUUUUCGUAGCGGAGAGGCCGUGAUUUGUCCAAUGCGAGUAAACGUUUGCUGGCAUCGUUGACUUUUGGGUCAUACUCGGGACAGGCUAAGCGCGCUGAAAUACUUUGAGAGUAUUCAUUGAUGAUUGCUAAUUGACCUCAGGCAAAUCGCUCAUUUUUUCCUCCUCGGACCAUCACAGCGCGAAAGUUCUGAAAGAUCGCGACACAAAUCCUUUCCAAUCUAAAAAAAAGCAACUUGCGUUAGAAUCUUUCUCUUCACUUAAUCAGGCGGCUGAAAAUUAAAAAAAAUCCAUGGACAAUGAUCAGUUGACUAGGUAUAGUAACUCUGGUCGACAAUCCGAUUUUUACGAGUUCUAGAAGAAAAGUUUCAAUAAUCAUGACAAAUAUAACGGAGGACUUUUUCGUCAUUAACGUUCGAUGCGACGUCCUGUGAAACGCGUACAGAUGUUUAUGUUGAAAGCCAACUACAUUUAGUUGUAAAUGCGUAUGGAAAUGAGUAGCUGACACAUUGUCGCAGGGUGCCUUUAUAGAAGUACGACUAUUACAACAACUACAUUGAAUUUGUGAGAGAGGGUUAUCGCGGUUUACAUAUAGUAGCUUUGGUGAAGAGAGAUCGCAAGGGUACACCAGUUGUGGCCCGAGUUUCAGUCAGGACAAAAGGCUACUCCGUGACGGUGAAGUGGUCAGGUCGCAAGAUAUUCACCGAUUACGUGCUACAUCUGAAACCAAGCCUGCCACCUUUUGGCCAAGCAAACCUCUCUAUAAAUACGUGGAAUCACUAGAAAAACACUCAAGGCAGUUAAGCUCACUUAAACACAGUCACUCAGUCGUCAUAGAUGAUAUAUCCUGUAAAAAUGACUGCCGGCGAGGACCCCGUUAGUAACCGAACAGAUAUGGAGUGUUUGAAUAUAGGGGAACAGGAUACUGAAUCGUCAGAGCAGGAAGAUUCUCGACGUGAGUCUAUUCCACUCAUUUUUGAUCAUUCGUACACCGAACGGCAAAGUCAUCUACACCGAGAAACCAAAUGGCUUGGUGACAAAGCACGUGAGCUCCACCGAAAGUUGGCCGUUUUAAAACGUGUCCAGAAAGACAUUGAGGAACGAACUCGCAUUUUGAGGGAGAAGAACCUUGAACUACUAGAACGGAAUCAGCAACUCAGCGCCGGUAAUCGUCAGCUUCGAGACGAACUUGUUGAAGUUAGCGCGGUGCGCAGGGAGAGAGAAGAAUAUCUACGUUUGGCCAUCAUCCAUCAGGAGUUCACUUGGGAAGAUAAUGCAAAGGAUCAGUACUCAGAUCGUCACGGCGACAAAGAGCCUUGAGAGGGAUCUUUUUCGUUAACCUACGGGUUGAAACGACGAGUAUUUCCAUAUUCAUAACGUAGAUACGUUUAUGUAACAUAGAAGUGAGACUAUAUAAUCAAUUUCUGGUCAUGUUUUAUACUCACUUGCAUACGUUUGUAUAUGACACAUGAACGGCAUAGAAAGAAAAAAAACUAGCAUACCUUAAUUUACCGUACUUUGGUACAAAGCUCUCAGUAGGUCACAGGUUGUUUAGUCGAACGGAAGAGCUUUUCUUCUUAGAAUGAUGUCAUUCCUGUUUAGUUUAGACAAUAUGACAUCUAAUUAUGUGAAGUUAUAUUGUGUAGUGACCCUGUUAAUUGAGAAAGA